CUGCUGGAUAUCACCUGGAACCCGCAGCUUCAGCUCCACCACAUAGUCCUCCCCCAGCAUUGGGUGACUGAAGAGGAAGAUCUCUGCAACCAGAAGAGGAACUUCAGAGUGGAAUAUGAGGAUCUAGAACUUCCACAGACUAAAGAGGAACUGAAGGAACCAGAAGCUCCACAUAUUAAAGAGGAACAGGAAGAACAAGAACCUCCACAGAUUAUAGAGCAACAGGAGAAACCGGAACCUCCAUGGGUUAAAGAGGAGCAAGAACACAUCUGCAUCAGUCAGGAUGACGAGCAGUUUGAUCUAAAGCAGGAGAUUGAUACCUUGAUGGAGAUUCCUUCUUAUGAGGAAAAUGAUCACAGUGAAGCAGAUCUAAACAAACAGAAAAGCUUCAGUGUAACUGAUAGUCAGGAUGAAGAAAGAAACCAACAUGAAGAAUCAACAUCAACUCUAGAUAAAGAGACAGACCCACAUAACAGAGAUCAGAGGAAGAGAAGAGACAGAUGUCAUGUCCAAAGUGUGGACAGCUCUCACAUGACAGAAAGUCAGCGUGGGUCUGAAGUUAGAAAAAAAUACAAGAAGGAAAUUUCAGUAGAGAAGCACAAACAAUCUCCAAAAGAGAAGAGACUUUUCUCUGUUAAGUCUGGUAAAAGGAAAAUAAUUGCACACAAUGUGUCUGCCCACAUGAGAGCUGAGCCAGAUGGAAGAUCUAAUGUCUGCAAAGAAUGUGGUAAAAGUUUUGGGUACUUGUCCGAGUUAAAAACUCAUAUGAGAACUCACACACGGAAGAGGCCUUUUUGUUGUCAAGAAUGUGAUAAAAGUUUUAGUCAGAAAUCUCAUCUCAAAAGACAUGUGAGAAUUCAUACAGGAGAGAAGCCUUUUUGUUGUCAAGAAUGCAAUAAAAGUUUUCAUCGUGCAGCCAAUCUCAAAAGACAUAUAAGGACUCAUACCGGAGAGAAGCCUUUUCACUGUCAGGAAUGUGAUAAAAGUUUUAGUCAGACAUCUAGUCUCAAAUCACACCUGAGAAUUCAUACAGGAGAGAAGCCUUUUUGUUGUCAAGAGUGUGAUAAAAGUUUCCAUCAUGCAGCCGAUCUCAAAAGACAUAUAAGGACUCAUACCGGAGAGAAGCCUUUUCACUGUCAAGAAUGUGAUAAAAGUUUUUGUCAAAGAUCUAAUCUCAAAUCACACUUGAGAAUUCAUACACGAGGGAAUUCUUUUUGUUGUCCAGAAUGUAAUAAAAAUUUUAUUGAAAUAUCUACUCUCAAAAGGCAUAUGAGAACUCAUACUGAACAAAAGCCUUUUCGCUGUCAAGAAUGUGAUAAAAUCUUUUGUUACCCAUCUGGUUUCAGAAGACACAUGGUAACUCAUACCGGAGAGAAGCCUUUUUCUUGUAAAGAAUGUGAUAAAAGUUUUAGUCAAGCAUCUAGUCUAAAAAUACACAUGAGAACUCAUACAGGAGAAACACCUUUUUGGUGUCAAGAAUGUGAUAAACGUUUUCGUCAUAGAUCAAAUCUCAAAGUACACAUGAGAACUCACACGGGGGAGAAGCCUUUUUAUUGUCCAAAAUGUGAUACAAGUUUUCGUCAUGCAUCAACCCUUGAUUCACACAUAGGAACUCACACAAGAGAGAAGCCUUUUUAUUGUCAAGACUGUAAUAAAGGUUUUAGUUUUAUAUCUAGUCUCAAAUCACACAUAAGAACUCAUACAAGAUAGACGCCUUUUUUGUCAAGGAUGUGAUAAAAGUUUUAGUCAGAAAUUUAAUGUCAAAAGACAGGAAAAUUCACUCUAGAGAGAAGCCUUUUUUAAAAGAAUGUGAUACAGCUUUUCAUUAUAAAUUUAGUCUCAAAAGACACAUGAGAAUUAACACAAAAGAGAAACCUUUUCUUAGAAAAAAAGUCAGUUUUCUCAAAAUUUGACUAAGUAAUUAAAUCAAAAGUAGGCAGAAGUGAGUAUUUAAUGCAUAAAAUUAAACAAUUUUCUGAAGUUUGGUGUUUGUAGUAAGAGCAUCUUUUUUACUAUUAUUAUUUUUGUGAUAUAAUAAUCACAUUUUGUAAGACAAAUAUUAAGUUUCAUUGUGUAUAAGCCACAAUCCUCAAAAAGAAUUAUAUUUUGGAUUGAUCUAUUUAUAUAUGUAUAAUUAUUAUUUUUUUUACUAUAUGAGCUUUACUUUUUUAUUGAUUAACAACAAACAUUGAACUUUUCCAUUAAAAUUUGUUCUUUUAGGUGUAUCAUAACAGUUACAACUUCAGCUGCAAUUUUUUGUUUUAAAGGUGUUGUGUUGACCUUUGUGGUUGUAGUUUAUGCUGAGACAUUGUGUAUGUUGUUUAAAUCUGUGUGUUACUAUUACAACACUAGAAAUAUUGUAAAUACAUGUUUAUUUCUGACACAUUUUAUGUGACCUUUGAACCUUUUAUUAUCAUUCCAGCCUGAGAAUACCAUAAAAUUAUUUUUUUAAAUUCAAAGCUAAUUUGUUACCUUGAAACCAAUAGAAUUUUUUUUCAGGCCCUUGUUUAGUUUUUCGAGAACUGUUUUUAGAUCCUUAUGAGAAAUAAAAACAUUGGUGUCAUCGGCAAAUAAAAUGGGAAAUGUGGAUUUACCAACACAUGCAAAAUUAUUAUUAUUAUUAUUAUUUUCAGAUAUGAAAAUCCAAACAAUAACAGACAGCGACAACCCCUCACACAUCCCAUACCAGGGCAACCCCCCAAAAAACACAGAAAUACAGACGAUCAUCAAUAUACAUAUAAGAAUAAACGAAAAACAACAACAACACAAAAAAACACAAAAAACAAAAACAAAAUACAGAUGUUACAAAGCAUGCCCUUUACUUAUAAGCUAAGGGGAAUGCUUUGUCCCUUUAAAACUUGACCCCUUAAGUCAGGAGGCAGGUAGUUUAAAAACGGAGCCCAAGUUGAC